AUGGCUGCCAACUUUUGGACAAGCAGUCACGCUGAGCAAUGGAUUUUCGAUAAAACCGAAAUAUUGCGAAGUCGAGCGGAGGAUUUGAAAAUUUAUACGGAAGAUGAGUACGCGAAAUUCAAUAUUUUCUGGGCGAAUUAUAUAACCGCCGUCGCCACCGAAGGAGCGCAUACACCAGCGAAUGUUGGCUGCCGUCUGCGACAACAAGUCAUCGCUACUGCUGUAAUGUAUUUUAAGCGAUUUUACAUAAAACGGUCUUUUAAAGACAUGUGCCCAUUCUUGGUGGCUUCUACUGCUCUAUUCUUAGCUUGUAAAGUCGAAGAGCACACAACACUCAGUGUUUCAAGUUUUCUAAAAAAUACUACCAUUAUUUUGAACAAGCGAUGGGGAGUUCAAUUCGAUUCGAGCAUGUCCAAAAAUGGAGUCGUUUAUGACGCCGAAUUUGUUCUCGUCGAAAUUCUCGACUGUUGCCUCAUCGUCUACCAUCCGAAUCGGCCGCUCAACGUUUUAUUACACGAUCUCAAUAAGGCAAUUCAAAUGAAAGAUUUCGAUCAAGUUGAGGCUCAAUGCCAUAAAGUUGUGAAUGAUACUCUUCGCUGCGACGUCGGCCUUCAAUUCGCUCCACAUUGCAUUGCAAUUGCUUCUUUGAUCGUUGGCACUGAAUUGAUGGGUCGCGGUGAUGAAUUGCAGCAUUGGCUCGUUGAAAUUAACACGGAUUUUGAUAAAGUCACCGAUUGCGUCGAACAAAUUUACAAAAUGUAUAAAGUGUGGAAAUCGUUUGAUGAGAAGGAAGUGAAGCAGCUUUGUGCGAAACUUCCGAAAAUCAACGCCCUUCCAAAUAUGAUGUAUACUGUUACAACUUCAUGCGCAGAAAUGCAAUCGUCCGACGGGUUCGCGUUCGACGGCGGACCCACCCAGCCGCCGCCACCGCAGAUUCCCGCCGGAUCGCGUUUGAAUCAAUAUUUGGGCGCGAAUCGCACGCAGCCAUCAUUCACCAGCAACUCGGUCCAAUUGCACAUCAAUGCGCCGCCAUUCAUCCCGAAACAGCAUCAGGUUCAGCAGCAGUUUAGUCAAUUAGGUAUUAGUAAUGCUCAUCCGCAAUUCACCACCACUCCACCGCCGCCAUUCACCACACGCGCUCAACAGCAAAACCAAUCGGCGUUCGAUAUGCAAAAUAGAUUUCAGCAGGAGAAUCGCGGUGGAACAAUGUAUUUCUAUCCGCAAGUCGGAGACGCCGUCGCGCCCGAAGAUGAGCCUUUCGAAGAGCCCGACAUUCACGACGGAAACAUUUUAGUGCACAAUCAGGGAAUGUAUGCCUAUCACUCGCCAAUGCCGCUACCUCAUGUUGGAAAAUUUCGGCCAAAAGGUGCUGUGGGCAACGGGCAGACUCAAUUUAUCAAUCCCGACCUUAAAAUGGAGCUUAUGAAUCGCCAACUCGCGAUUGACGCGAAAGCGGAUCCGGUGGCGUAUCCCGACAUUCCACAUCAAGUCGAGCAUCUCACGAAUCUCGUGCCGCUCGAGAACGUCGCCGUCCACAAUUUGUCGCAGACGACGUACAAGGCGGCGUCGAUUCGCGACGGCGUCACGUAUUGCAUUCGACGGAUUCAUGGUAAUCGCUAUCGUAUACAACCAGGCAAGCAGCUUCAAAUUGUUGAGAAUUGGAAGAAGCUCGUUCAUGGCAACAUCGUUCAGUUGAAAGAGAUUGUGCCCAAUUGUAGGGCAUUUGGAGAUACCUCACUAAUAUUUGUUUAUGAUUAUUAUCCGUUGGCUGAAACAUUAAAAGCGAGGCAUUUCGAUUCCAAGACUGGAACAUUCCUUGAUUCGAUGACGGGAUUCAAACUAGCGAAUCCGGCGGCGAUGGGAAUGAAUAACACCAUCACGGAGGGCACACUUUGGGGCUACGUGAUUCAGAUAUCGGCCGCGUUGCGAGCGAUCCAUUCCAGCGGAUUGGCUGCUAGGACUAUUGAGCUCAACAAAAUUUUGAUUUUUAGUAAUAAUAAGAUUUUACUCACUUGCUGCGGCAUCCAGGAUGUGCUGAAUCCCGACAAUCACUCGAUCCAUCAGCAUCAGCAAGACGAUUUGCACGCGUUCGGCUGUGUGCUGGUGGCGCUCGCCACCGGCAAAUUGCAAGGCUCGCGACGCGAUCUCAUCAUGGCGUCGCUGAAUCAAAUCGCCGCCAACUACUCGGCCGACAUGAAGAACCUCAUCACAUAUUUGUUGUCGACGCCGUCGCCGAACAAUCGCAAAUCGAUUCACGAGAUUAUGCCGAUGAUCGGAGCGCGAUUCUACAAUUUUAUGGAAAACAUGCAGCAACGAUCGGACGGUCUUGAAGCGGAAUUGUGUAAAGAGAUUGAGAAUGGAAGGCUGUUUCGGUUAUUGUGCAAAAUGAACACCGUGCUGGAAAGAGCUGAGCACAAUGGCGAUGAGAAUUGGGCGGAGACUGGAGACCGAUAUAUGCUGAAAUUGUUUCGAGACUAUGUUUUUCAUCAGGUCACCGAUCAGGGAAAGCCGUGGCUCGACAUGGCGCAUAUUGUACAAUGUCUGAAUAAGCUUGACGCUGGUACGUCGGAGAAAAUCGAGAUGGUCUCGCGUGACGGCAGCACGCAAAUCAUCGUCGAUUAUUCGCAAUUGAAACGUUGUCUUGAAAAAUCAUUCCGAGAGCUGUUAAUAACCAAUGUGAUCGCUGCGCCACUUCGCCAUUGA